AUGAGUUCUGAUGAUUACUCAUCCUCUGAUGAGGAUGAAGACACCAGGGAAGAGCAAGUUGCUCGGUACCUAGGAGCUCUUAUGAAGCGGAAUGCUAAGUUAUUUGGUACAAAGCCUCUUGAGGAAGAACCUCUACUGCUUACCAAAGAACUCCAUGCUUUGGUUCAGCAAGAUCUACCUCAGAAUCUUCCAGAUCCUGGACACUUUUUGAUUCCUUGCACCAUAGGCACCAUGACUUUUGAUAAGACUCUGUGUGACCUUCUGGGAAUCCUUGAGGUACAAGCUGCACACAUCUCAUUAGUAGAGGAUGUCCUGGUGAAGGUUAAAAACUACUGCAUCCUUGCAAACUUCAUUGUCUUGGACAUUAGAGAGGAUGAGGAUGACUUUGUCAUCCUUGGAAGACCUUUCCUAACCACUGCUAAUGCUAUCAUUAAUGUGGCUAAGGGAGAACUGACCCUACAAUUAGGGGAGGACCACAUCUUAUUCAAGAUGCCUUAUCUCAAUUCUCCCUCUAAAAGAGAGAUAAUUGUGCAACACCUAGUGUUUCAACCCUCUCUUUCUGUGCAGAGCUUUACAGAGCCCCUAGACAUCAAUUUUAAGUUUGGUAUUGGGUAA